AUGGCUUCUGCCAACAACUCCAAGUCUAACCGCAUGACCUACCGCUUCCUCGGCAAUUCCGGCCUGCUCGUCUCCAAACUCUCACUGGGCAGCUGGAUGGACGUCAGCGACAAGUACACACCAGAGACCUGGUACGAAAUGAUGAAGCUGGCCUUCGAAAACGGCAUCAAUUUCUUCGACAACGCUGAGUUGUAUGGCGAAGGCCUCGCCGAGAAGAAUAUGGGAGCUGCUAUCAAGAAGGGUAUCGCGGAAGGAACCUGGAGUCGUGAGGACCUCGUCAUCACCACCAAGAUCUUCUGGGGAGCCAAAGACUUCAUGGCGAAACGAGGCCCCAAUGAGAUGGGCUUGAGCCGCAAGCACAUCGUCGAGGGCACGAAGGCUUCUCUUAAGAGGUUGGAGCUGGAGUAUGUUGAUGUCAUCUUUUGCCACCGACCCGAUCGCUACACGCCUAUCGAGGAAACUGUCCGAGCGAUGAAUUUCGUCAUCAACCAAGGUUGGGCCUUCUAUUGGGGUACCAGCCAAUGGAGCGCUGCUGAGAUCAUUGAAGCGUGCGAGAUUGCCGACCGCCUUGGUCUGGUCCGUCCCAUCGUGGAGCAGACCAUUUAUAGUAUCUUGGAUCGCAACAAAGUGGAGUUCGAGUAUGUCGACCUGUACAAGAAGUACAAGCUCGGUCUCACGACCUGGUCGCCUCUUGCAUAUGAAAUUCUGACAGGCAAGCACAGCUCUGGUCCGACCGAGGGCUCCCGUAUGGAUACUCUGUUAUUCAAGUGGGCCACCCCGGAUUUCGCGGAGCGCGUGGCCAAGGCGGAUGUAGUGGGUGGCGGCUUGAAAGCCCAACCACGACCACAGUAUACAGUCGAGAGUGACGAGCAAGCUUGGACAACCAGCAUGUGGUUGCAGUCAGCCACCAGCGUGCCAGGUUGUUGCAGUUUACAACUGCAAGUUGCAGCUCGUCAUCUCAAGCUGGUGAAGGUUCUAGUUAGGGAGUCCUUGCUAGAGGCUGGGCUAUCACUGGGACGCUGGUGA